GAGCCCUUUGCCACGCCCCCUCCUAUCAGAGCGGCCGGGGAGCUUUGGCCUCAAGCUGGUUGAGACUACGUCUCUAACUCCCUCCUGUCUCAGCUUCGGUCCUCAGGGAGAAUCUCCCGUGCACCCACCCUUGAUAUGGCAGGAAAAGUCCACAGACUGAGCGCUGAAGAGAGAGACCAGCUGCUGCCCAACCUGCGGGCCGUGGGCUGGAAUGAGCUGGAGGGCCGAGACGCCAUCUUCAAACAGUUCCACUUCAAAGAUUUCAACCGGGCCUUUGGGUUCAUGACAAGAGUCGCCCUGCAGGCUGAAAAACUGGACCACCACCCUGAAUGGUUCAAUGUGUACAACAAGGUCCAUAUCACCCUGAGUACCCACGAGUGUGCUGGCCUGUCGGAGAGGGACAUUAACCUGGCCAGUUUCAUUGAACAGGUGGCUGUGUCACUGGCUUAGACCUUCUCACUCUCCCUCCCUCCACCGUCCCUUCCACUUGCUGCUCUAGAAGGGUGAGGGUUUUAGGGGGACACAGGAAACCCUGGACAAUGAAUAGAUCAGACUCGAUGGUUGUAAGGGAGCAGGUGGGAAAUGGACACGGGGCAGCAUGUACACUGUGAAAUAUUCCCUUGCUCUCAGCACCAGACCCUGUCAUCUUCUCCCACUGCCUAGCCUCACCCUGUGCUGUGUGCAGAAAUUGUGCCAAGUCCAAUGUAAGGCAGCUAGAUGGUUGGGUCCAGGGGCAGCCAGGUUUUCCUCCCUUCUUGUAUCCCGUGAGUGCAACAGUGAAGUGAUGAUUUCCUCCUUCUGGUCUGUUUAACAUUUCACCAUAAGCCAUUGAAAUAUAACUAGGAGUCAACUAACAAUGUCCUGUCCACUGUAACUCAGAGAUGGGACCCUUAAGGAAAAAUCCAAUUGUAGUGGACAAACAUGACCUCAAACCUCAAAUAAAGCUACCUGUGACGUA